AUGCCUCCGAGGUCAGCAGCAACCGCGGGAACAAUCCGACUUCAGUCUCUUCCGCGAUUGAAGAUCAAGAGUCCCAUGAAAUAUGACCAGAACCCAUGCCUUGCUGCUAUGACGGCUGUUCUCAACUGCUGGGGAGCCACGGGAUACAGUAUCCAAGGAUGCUUAGCAUUGGAACAGCAAUUGCGACUAUGCACGGACUCGAACCCUACGAAAGUCACAAAGAAGAACACCGUCAACUACCAUCUUGCUCGAAUGUUCCGCAUGAUUUCCCCCCGACGGAAGGAGAAAUAA